UGCUCGGUCAUUAGGAAAUGACUCCGCGGCUGUCACAGUGACAGCAGCGGCAGAGGAUCGAGCUGCCGGCCUCCUGCCUCUGCGUGGCUCCCAGCUGCUCUGCGGAGGCGCCGGAUAGAAAGGCGGAUGCUACUCUCUCGGGUCAAAUCCCAAAUUUGGCUCCCACUGAGUUCUGGUCAUUUCCAAAACAUCAGACACAUCCUCCAAGAAUGAAAAUCUGCCUUCAAUGAGUUUAAUCAGCAGGUUCUCUGACUGCCUUAGGCAGCCGUGGAAGAAGAAUUUGAAGAAUGACUGAGCAUGGUGGGUGUAUGACUGUGACGAGGGCCAGCAGGCACUUUCAUGUCUAAACCCUGCCUUCUCUGAAGGGUCAUGUCAGAAGGGGAGAGCAAGGACAGCUCGGGCAGCGAGUGCCCUGUGUGCUAUGAGAAGUUCCGGGAUCUGGAGGGCGCCAGUCGGACGCUGAGCUGCGGCCAUGUGUUCUGCCAUGACUGCUUAGUCAAGUAUCUGCUGUCCACCCAGGUGGACGGGCAGGUACAGAGGACCAUCAUCUGCCCCAUCUGCCGCUAUGUCACCUUCCUCAGCAAGAAGAGCUCCCGCUGGCCCUCCAUGCUGGACAAGAGUUCGCAGACCCUGGCUGUGCCAGUGGGCCUGCCCUCUGUGCCCUCACCAGACCGUGGAGGGCACACAAACCCUUUGGCCGUCUCCCAGCAGGUCUGGAGACCAUCCUCCAGCCAUGGCACCCAGCUCCCCUUGGACCUGCUGCCCAGCCUGCCCCGGGAGUCUCAGAUCUUCAUCAUCAGUCGCCAUGGGAUGCCCCUGGGAGAGCAGGACAGUGUGCUGCCACGUCGCAGCCUGGCAGAGCUCUCGGAGGUGUCCCCGGCUCCCAGCUCCACCCGCUCCUUCUGUUGCCGGUCACGGGCCCUCCUGCUCAUAACCCUCAUCGCUGUGGUGGCUGUGGUAGCCGCCAUCCUGCCCUGGGUACUGUUAGUGAGGAAGCAGGCAUGAGUGGUGACAACUGGAGGGACGAAGGAGUGAGGUCCAGCCUGAGAGCUUCUCUGGUAGCAGCUGCACUUGUGGCCUGUCUAGCCAUGGCUUGGGUGGGGGCAGAGGAAGCCGAGUGCAGACCUGGUGCAACCCAGCUCUGAGGGAGGAGCUUGGGCAGAGAGAGGGAUCCGAGUGCUGUGAAGUGCAUCUACCUGCCAGGUGACUUGCCUAAAGCCAAGUGGGCCUCCUUUGGACAAGGAAGCUCUGCUGGCCUAUGUCUUGCCGAAUGAGGGCCCAGUGGCAGACCUCUUCCAAGCCAGAAUUCUCACUGGGGAUUUUCUAAGUUGCUAAGACAAACAGAAACAAACAGUAGAGUUGGUGCCAGGACCCAGGCUAAGGUUUUCUAGAAUCUCAGCACCUGUACACAACCCUCCCAGCAUCCCACCCUCCAAGCCUCCCUGCCUGCUACCCACCGGAAGGUCUUCCAUGAGUGGGAAGCUGAUCUCAGUGGGUAUGGCCCAGGAUGGGAUGCAGGGGGAGCAACAGAAGAGGAUCUGCCUCUUCUGAGAGUUGAGGCCACACAGGCUGUUGACAGAGGUUGAGGUCAUUCUAAUGGUCACACACAGAAUCAGAGGUCUACCUGAGCCCUCCAGACCUACCUUUCAAGGAAUGGCCCAGAUUUUAAGUUUUGGGGUUCUCAAGGGUGGAGUAGAAUGAAAGGCAGGGAGUGGAGGGGAAGUUCUACAGGAAAGACUGGAGUCAGCUGAGAACAAUGUGGACAAAUUAACCCCUGGGGGCUCUCGCCUCGCUCCCAGUCCAGGUCCUCCUCCUCCUCCUCCUGACCCAACCACUCAUUAGAAGCUGCACCAGCCAGGCCAGUUCCUGAGGUGGAUUCACAGGCCGAGCUGGCUAAGGAAGGGUGGGAAGGGUGGAGAAGAAAACAGCUGCGCUUGGCAGGGACACUGCUGUCUCAACAAAUGCCAAGAACCAGCUCUGUCACCGCUGGCCAGGGCUGCUUUACCUGAGGACGCUUGAUGAGGGCCACCAGAAAAGCUUGUAUUGGGUCUCGUCCGAGGACGCAGUAUGCAAGUGAAGAGCUAUUGGCUGUCUGAGGCCCAUAAGUCAACCAGUGCACAGAUGGUGGAAAGCAGCAGAAACCUCUAGCUAUUGUCACAAAUACAUGGGGGCUGGCACCAGGUGCCAAAAGCUGAGCCCUCCACAACCCAUACCCCUCUUAUCAACGUUUGCUAUCUAUAGGGAGAAAACACCACUGUGCCUCUUAUCUGGUUCCAAAAUAUCUGUAGUGGUCAUCAUUUGGGGACCAUUAGAGAGUGAGGUCCAUAAUGCAGAGGACAUUUGUGACAUAGGGAGGACUGCUUUAAAGCACUUACAGGGCUUCUUUAUGCCUUUUCUGAGACCAGAGAAGAACAUUGGUGCUAUGGGGGUGUGCCAGUGGAUUGUGGGGGUGCGGGUAUUUAUUAUAGGAACAAAAAUAACUAACUUUAUAAAAACUCUGAGUCUGUCUUCACCUCAGCCAAGCUGCUUUAAAAUGUUGUGAAUUUCUAGGGACCUCAUUCAAGCCUUUUCAGAUUCUGUUGUGUUUGCCCAGAGUUUCUUUCAAAAUACCUGCAGUGUUUUCAUAUUGUUCAGUGGUGACUCGUCAAUAGCACUUCUUUUAUUUUCAAAGAAUUUCGAAAGCUA